CUUGACUGGCGGCGUCUUCGUGCAAACCGCGGCUGGUACUAGGAUCUACAAUUAUGGCCCAAGAGAUUUCAUGCAGAGCGUCUUCUACCUGCCCUAUGAAACCACGGCCACUUUAGCCAAUCGCUUUGACCUCGUAGUGCCACCCCUAUUUAUGAAUAAUGAGACGGGGAUGGUGACCACCGAGAUAAGCAAUGAACUGAAGAUGAAACUGGGCACAGCUCUCGCCAUACCCAGAGACAUCCCUUACUUUGCGUUCAAAAGAGAGCACUCUCUGGCAGUCAAGGAGCUUAGCAAAGUGUUCCUCGAGGUGGAAGACAUCGAUGACGUAUAUAGAUUUGCUAUGGAGAUACGUGACCAUGUAAACCACCACAUUUUCUUGGCCGCCCUCUACCAUACCUUCUACGAAAGAAGAGACUUGAACCCUGGUGACUUACCCCCUCUGGAAACGGUGUUGCCAGACAGGUUCGUCCCAGCUGGUGUCCUAACCAAGGCGAAACAGCUGGCUAAACAGGCGAUACUGAAUCAUCAUACGAGAAAGGUCACAGUGGAGUGGCACGUCGACGAAACCGGGAUCGCCACGAGAAGCCCCGAGCAGGGAGUGGCUUACUGGCGCGAGGACAUCCGGCUCAACAGCUUCCACUGGCACUGGCACCUUUCGAACCCCUACAACAUUGAGCCCGGGAAGCGAGACCGACGGGGAGAACUCUUCUACUACAUGCAUCACAACAUGGUCGCGAGAUACAACAUGGAGCGCCUUAGCGUCAAUCUCAGGCCGGUCGAGCCCUUCGAGGACUGGCAUCUCCCUAUCAAAGACGGGUAUUUUCCCCACAUCACCGCAGGCAAUGGGUACGAUUGGGCAGAUCGACAAGACAAUAGUUACUUUAAGGAUGUUCGAGCAAUACCUCUGAACGAAUCGAACUACGUGUCCCAGCUUGAGAUGUGGCGAACUCACCUGUACCACGCUAUCGACGUUGGAUACAUGGUCGACGCGAACGGUGUUCAAGUGCGACUCACGGACAACCCAAGGAUAGGCGAGGACUACGGGAUAAACAUCAUGGGUGAGGCGGUGGAGGCGGGGGCGAGCGUGAACCCCGCUCUGUAUGGUGACCUCCACAACCUAGGUCACGACUUGCUCAGCCAGAGUCAUGACCCUGCCAAAAGACAUAAUACUAAUAUGGGCGUGAUGGGAGCCGUAGAAACCGCCAUAAGGGAUCCAGUCUUCUUCCGUUGGCACAAAUUCAUAGACACUUUGUUCCUCAGGUACAAGCUGACUCAACCAUCUUACACAACUAGACAGCUGACUGGAGCUUUUGAAAUAGUAGACGUUGAGGUGAUGGAAGACAAUUGGAAAGACAAUUACACCCCGAUGCCUAAUCGCCUUCACACUUUCUUCUCACCCUCGACGUUCGACGCCUCACGAGGAAUCGACUUCAAAAUGAAACCGGAUGACCGCAUUACUGUUCUCCUCAAGUCCGAUGUUCUCGACCAUCCAGAAUUCUUUUAUACGAUCCAGAUCAGGAACCCGACCUCGGAGUUUAAGCGCUCUCGGAUCCGGAUUUUCCUCGCGCCAAAAUACGACGAGGACGGACAGAGGCUGAACUUCGCGUCGCUCCUUCACUACUGGACGGAGAUGGAUAACUUCAAGACGGAUCCGAUUUCGCCUGGCACUGACUACAUCUCCAGAUACUCCAUGAACAGCAGCAUCCUCUCGAGUUAUCGCUCAAGGGAUCCGGACACUGACUUCGCCUUCUCCGGCUGCAGCUGGCCCCGGAAUCUUCAGCUGCCUCGAGGUACGGCAGAUGGCAUGGUGUUCCACCUUUUCGUGAUGGCUUCCGACAUUCCACCUGAUGAGCAUCGACCAAAGAGGAGCUUAGACGUGAACCGAAAUAGGUACCCGUACCACCUACCGACGGCACCCGGCACCCCCGGGACCUCCGGGAGUUUCUGCGGCCGCCCCGACGAGAAGUACCCCGACCCGUGGCCCAUGGGGUACCCUCUGGACAGGAAGAGUGGCCACGGGACGAUCGAAGCCUUCGUGGCCGAGCACAAGAACAUGGCGCUGAGUGAAGUCCUGAUCACACAUGCUGGAGACCCUGAGAGUGUGGGGCGACAACAGCAAGCCGAGAGGGACGACUGUCUGCUCUUCACUUGCUAGGGCCUUUGCUUUCUCUUCUCUCUCUCUUUCUCUGUUCCUCUCCCUCUCUCUCUCUCUCUUUCUCUGUUCCUCUCUCUCUCUCUCUGUUCCUCUCUCUCUCUCUC